AUGGACUCCAUUGUCAGCGGACUCUACAACUUCGUCGCCACCACCGUAGUUCCAGCAGUCACUGAGCAGGCUACCAACCUCGUGGGAGGUGCUACUGCUCUCGCUGGAGGAGCUGCUCAUGCUCUCACUCAGAUGAGCCAGACUGCUCUGGAAUGGGGAUCUGGAUCCGAGGACGCCACUGCAUCAUCAGACGUCUUCUCGUGGGAGCAACAAGAGAACGCUCCAUCGAUCCCAUCGGAGCCAAAAACUGAGGAGGAGGCAAAGGUGGUUCGUCAGGAGCAAGCCGGAACGUCGUCGGCAAACACUUCGAUCGAGUGGGAGGUGGUUCAGGAGAAUCCGGACGAAACGGGUCCAGUCAAGCACAAUCAAUUCGAGAUUGUGCAAAACGAUUACGCGUGGAUGAAAAACUCCAACUAA